AUGUCAACAUCGACGGCGCUGACUACGACUGAGACCAUCUCGCUUGCAGCAGUCUCAUGGGCAAGCGUUGCGGUCUUGGCGAACACUUUUCGAGGCGAUGGCGAACCACUCAUUGCAUCCAUAGCGUUCAGUGCACUUGCGUUCGCAGCAUGUUAUGCACUGAUACGAUGGCUCGGAGGUGCUUUCAUGCGACGUGGUUUCAAAGGGAAAGACUUGUGUAAGGUGAAGAAAACUGAAAUUCCUGAAACCAUGGGCGCCGUGUGUGCCAUGGUGUAUUUAUUCGUCGUGAUAUUCUUCAUCCCUUGGCCAUUCUAUAAGGACAUUGUCGUUGCAACUUCAGGCGGAGGUAACCGAGACGUCAUCAAAGAGCUAGAGCAAGUUGAGACGGGGCGGUUCCUUCACAAGUUCCCUCACAACAAACUUGCGUCUUUCCUUGGGGCCAUCCUCUCGUUGCAAUGUAUUGUUCUCCUCGGUAUCGGCGACGAUCUGUUCGACAUCAGGUGGCGCCACAAGGUGCUCAUCCCCGCUGUUGCGUCCAUUCCCAUGCUUGUCGUGUACUUUGUGGACUUUGGUGUGACACAGAUGGUCGUUCCACUCCCACUCCGACCAUACUUAGGCGAUUUAUUUGAUCUUGGUGACCCUUUCGUAGAUGUUGCUGACCAAUUCUCAGGAUGGCUGUACUACGUUUACAUGGCACUCUUGUCUAUCUUCUCCUCGAACAGUAUCAACAUUCUCGCAGGCAUUAACGGCAUUGAAGUGGCCCAAUCAAUCGUCAUCGCGGUGCUGAUAGCCGGGAACGACAUGCUUUACCUAUCGCCGUUUACGUCCUACCCGCAUCCGGCGACGGACUCGCACCUGUUCUCACUGUACUUCCUUCUACCAUUUAUUGGAGUAUCGAUGGCAUUACUGAAGCACAACUGGUACCCUGCAAAGGUAUUUGUGGGCGAUACCUACUGCUACUUUGCCGGAAUGGUCUUUGCAGUGGUUGCUAUCUUAGGUCAUUUCAGCAAGACGCUGAUUUUGUUGCUUCUACCGCAAGCGUUCAACUUUGUGUACUCGGCUCCUCAGUUGUUCCACUUGAUACCAUGUCCCCGACAUCGGCUUCCACAUUUCAAUGCACGGACGGGUCUACUAGAGCCCUCGCGCGUACAGUUUCAGAGGCCUCUGCGAAGACCGAUAGCGGAGAGCCUCAAGGUGCUGCACCGGCUUCGGCUGCUCGAUCUCGAAAUCGACGAGAACGGGCAGGUGCUCUCAUCCUCCAACUUUACGCUAAUCAAUCUGUGGUUGGUGUGGUUCGGCCCCAUGCGGGAGGAUCGGCUGGCGUUGGGGUUAUUGGCGUUUCAGUUCGCAGUGGGGAUAUUGGGAUUGUUCGUUCGGCAUCGCAUGGCACUGCUUAUCUUCACAGCGGACAACUGGUAG